UUACUGUAUCAUAGACAUGACAUGUCCUAUUUAUGUCGAAGUAUGUCCUGGUUAAUGACUAAUGAUUUCCAUGACAUAGAUGAGGUACAGGUACUUCAUACAUUGAUGUAUAGUGAUGUUUGUCCACUUUGUCCAACUGUUAAAGUAUCACCCCUCCCCUGUACUUCACAGUUUAUUAGCCAGGCCAUAGAUAAAGCUAUUAAUAAUGAACAGCCCAGGGGAGGUUGUAACUGUUAACAACCUCUUGCCUAUAAAACGAUCACAGGAUACGUGAGCAGCGUGUGUGCAUCGCGGCGCCCAUGGAAACAGAAGGAGAGCAGCAUGUUUUUUCAGAGGAUGAGUGUAAAAGGAGAUGGAAGAAUCUCAGGGACACAUUUAUUAAGGAGAGAAAGACAAUGAGAGAAAAGAAGAGUGGUGCAGGGGCAGAACAAAAGACAAUGUGGAGGUAUUUCUCAAUCAUGAGUUUUCUAGACCCUCAUGUCAGAGAGAGGCCCACUUCCUCCAACAUGUCCCAGUCCCUACAAGAGAGACCCUCUACUCCCCAGGUUACCUCAGCACCCCUGGCUACUCAGUCAUCAUCAUCUGGUACCCCAUCUGACACAGAAACAUCAUGCUACCCCAGGUGUUGAAAGUGCUAAACCAGUCUCCAGAUGAGGAUGAGCUAUUUCUUUUGAGUCUGGCCCCAUGCCUCAGAAAGCUGUCAAGUGAAAAGAGGAGUGAAUUAAAAAUCGAACCACCAGAGGAGCCCCAGGCACACUCGGGCACAAAUCAGCAUCGAAGUUCUGCAGCACUGCAGGGGUCACUAGUCCAGGAUUUAGCUGAACCUCUCCGGAGAGCAGAAUCAGCUUGAAGAGGAGACCUGUUAUUCUUGGAAAUGGGGUGGCAGAUGACCGGUCCACUGGAGGAGUGUCAACUGGCAAUAAACCAUCCUUUAUCUCAAUUUCAAUCACUUGUCCAGUUUUCCACAUAUUGAAUUCUCUGGCCAGACAGUCACUUACAGGCAAUAGGCUACAGCAAUGAGUGCCAACUGAGGUCCAAAGAGCACUCCGAGAAACACAGCCCAGGUGUUUUUGCUGAUGAACUUUGCAUUGCACUAGACGCAGGUUUUGACAGGCAUGCUCUGUGGUACAAUAAACAGCCUCGGAGGACAGUCCUAUGUAGCAAUCCCAUCCAGGAUCCCGGUAGCCAGAGCGUAGAAGCUCCUCUUAAGCCCCUCAGCACCGGCCCGGUGCACCUGGAACCUCCUCUCGACCUCAGCGGGGAGAAGAGGUCGCCAUCCGAUCCAUGUGGCCAAGACCGUUUCCUUCGAUGUUGAGAUGGGUGUACAGAUGGUCUUACUUGAUGUUUAAUCUGAUGUUUAUGUUUGAAAGCCUGGUAGCAGAGUCGGCAGGGGGAUGAGCUGAGCUGUGGAUAUCAGAAAUGUUCAUUUUGACUUGGAAGAAUUCUGCAAUAAAUAUCCAGUCUAGCUAUUAAAUGUUAAAACGGCUUGCCAUAGAUGCCAGCAAACUACGAGCUAGCCAAACUAACGUGAGCUAUUUAAAUGAACUGGUAAAAAGGCGGCUCACACAGAUAGAUUGGUCUCAAGAUUAACAGUCUGAAUAACACAUGAAACAGGUGCAAACAAUUAAGAUAGUUUGGCACCGAAAAUGUAGUUUAGCAAGUCUCUAAAAUAUCAUUUCAUAUGACAUAUCAUAUGAUGAAAAUAUAAAGUAUGAACAUUUGAAACAUAAAAUUAUUAAUUAUCCCAGACCGUGCAGAGGGACACACUUUAAGACAGUGAAAUCCUCAUCAAUCUGUGUUGUUCCCACGCCACCCGCUACGCCACUAGAUGGCAGUGUUGCACUAUUUUAUAUAAUUUAACCAGGCUUAUUCUACUCUGUUAUACAUAUAUGGUGUGUUGCAUAUUCUUAAUUAAAUAAAUUAGUUAAAUCAAUUGACUUCACUGCUACACUGCACUUCCUCUGACAGUAAAGACAGGCUGCUCACCUGGACUUUUUAUUUCCAUUUUAUCUAUCUAUCUAUCUAUCUAUCUAUCUAUCUAUCUAUCUAUCUAUCUAUCUAUCUAUCUAUCUAUCUAUCUAUCUAUCUAUCUAUCUAACCAACCAGCAGAGGGUGCGCUCGUUUCCUGAAGCGCACCAAGGCGCGCUGCUGACAGCUGGGUGGAGUUGGUUGGUGAUGGGAUGCGGACUUGUACAAGAAAAGUCCCCCUGCUUCGGAUUUUACACUUCAUACACACACACACACGCUCUCUCUCUCUCAGCUGCAGGACCCAUCAACACAAUCAACAAGCUGUCAAUGUUCCGGACUUGGAGAUGUCGCUCAUAAUCCACAUUUUAACAACGUUGGCACUGUUGUGUCCCGUCAGGGCGCAGCUGCCGGAGUUCGGGGAUGUUUGCACGGAAGGCAGCUGCUAUCCCGCCACAGGUGACCUGCUGAUCGGCCGGGCGCAUAAACUCGUCGCCUCCUCCACCUGCGGCCUGGAGAAGCCGGAGCGUUUCUGCAUCGUCGGACAUCUGGAGGAAGAGAAGAAAUGUUUCGUGUGCGACUCCAGGCGGAUGUACGACGAGGACAGCAACACCGUCAGCCACACCAUCGAGAACGUGGUCACCACCUUCGGCCCCAACCGCCUCAAGACCUGGUGGCAGUCGGAGAGCGGUGUGGAGAAUGUGACCAUCCAGCUGGACCUGGAGGCUGAGUUUCAUUUCACACACCUUAUCAUGACCUUCAAGACGUUUCGACCGGCUGCCAUGGCGAUCGAGCGGUCCAUGGACUUUGGGAAGACGUGGCAGGUUUACCGUUACUUCGCCUACGACUGCGAGGCCUCCUUCCCCGGCGUGUCGUCGGGACCGAUAGUCAAAGUGGACGACAUCAUGUGCGACUCACGUUACUCGGACAUCGAACCAUCCACAGAGGGAGAGGUGAUAUUUCGGGUGCUGGACCCCGCCUUUGAGAUUGAGGACCCGUACAGCCUGAGGAUACAGAACAUGCUGAAGAUCACAAACCUCCGAGUCAACUUCGUAAAGCUCCACACGUUGGGCGACAAUCUGCUCGACUCCCGCGACGAGGUGACGGAGAAGUACUACUACGCCCUCUUCGACAUGGUCGUCCGCGGCAACUGCUUCUGCUACGGCCAUGCCUCCGAGUGCGCCCCGAUGGAUGGAGCCCCUAUAGGAGCCGAGGGAAUGGUCCAUGGCCGCUGUGUGUGUAAUCACAACACCAAGGGACUGAACUGUGAACACUGUCAAGACUUCUACCACGAUUUGCCUUGGAGACCUGCAGAGGGACGAAACACCCACGCCUGCAAGAAGUGCGAGUGUAACCAUCACUCCACCUCGUGUCACUUCGACCUCGCCAUGUACAUGACGACCGGGAACGUGAGCGGUGGCGUGUGCGACGACUGCCAGCACAACACGAUCGGCCGACAGUGCGAGCAGUGCGCACCCUUCUUCUACCAGCACCCCAAUAGAGACCUGAGGGACCCCAACGUAUGCGAACCGUGUAACUGUGACCCAUCCGGGUCUCUGCAGGGGGGAAUAUGUGACGCGAGGACGGACGUGGCAGCCGGGCUGAUCUCAGGCCAGUGUCGGUGCAAAGGCAACGUGGAGGGAGAGCGCUGCGACCACUGCAGACAGGGACACUAUGGACUGGGACAGGGACCGCAUGGCUGCCUGCCUUGUACCUGUAACCCGCUGGGCACGCUGCCUGGAGGAAACCCUUGUGAUUCAAACACAGGAAGGUGCUUCUGCAAACGCCUCGUCGACGGACAUAACUGCGAUCAGUGUCAGCCGCAGCACUGGGGUCUGUCCAAUGACAUGGAUGGCUGCAGACCAUGUGACUGCGACCAGGGCGGGGCUGUCAACAAUAACUGUGACCCUCAUUCAGGACAGUGUGUGUGCAGGGAGCACAUGUUCGGACGACGCUGCAACAAGGUCGAGUCCGGCUUCUACUUCAUCACUCUGGACCACUACACCUACGAGGCUGAGGACGCCACGCACGGACCUGGUGUGACGGUGGUACCGAGGCCUUAUCCUCUGGAUCGUAGUCCGACGUGGACCGGUAUGGGCUUUGUUAAUGUGCCAGAAGGAGCCUACUUAGAGUUCACCAUCAACAACAUCCCAGAGUCCAUGGACUAUGACCUGCUUAUUCGUUACGAGCCGCAGCUUCCAGAGCAGUGGGAGCAGGUGAACGUCCGAGUGCAGCGUCCCGUCUUGAACGAUCCAAACUACUCCGGUCACUGCAGCAACUCCAUCCAGAGCGGAGACGAGCAGUCCGUCUCUCUGCCACCUGGAUCCAGACACGUGCUGCUGUUGAGGCCGGUGUGUUUCGACAAAGGACUGAACUACACGGUCCGUCUCAGCCUGCCGCUCUACUCGUCAGUCAGCGACGUCCAGAGCCCGUACACGCUCAUCGACUCUUUGGUGCUGAUGCCCCGGGUCAGGGAGCUGGACAUGUUCCAUGGGAUAGAAGGUGAAGGAGCGUGGGAUACGUUCCAGCGCUACCGAUGUCUGGAGACCAGCCAGAGCGUCGUUAAGAGCCCCAUGACCGACAUCUGUAACGACUACAUCUUCAGCGUCUCCGCUCUGCUGCACAAAGGAGCCAUGGCGUGUCAGUGCGACCCUCAGGGUUCGCUCAGCACCGUGUGUGAGUCCAGCGGAGGUCAGUGUCAGUGUCGACCCAACGUGGUCGGCAGGAACUGCGAUCACUGCGCCCCGGCCACCUUCCUGUUCAGCCCCGCCGGCUGCAGACCUUGCGACUGUGAUCCUCGGGGAUCUGUCACCGCCUUCUGCCACGAGGCGACCGGCCAGUGUGACUGCGUCCCCGGGGCCACAGGGCGCCAGUGUGCCCACUGCCUGCCGGGCUUCUGGGGCUUCCCUCAGUGCCGACCGUGUCACUGCAACGGCCACAGCGAGUACUGUCACCCUCAGACCGGAGAGUGUCAGGGCUGCCGAGACUUCACCACCGGACACCACUGUGAGAGGUGUCUGGAUGGUUACCACGGAAACGCAGAGUUGGGUUCAGGUGGCCACUGUCGCCCCUGUAUGUGCCCCGACGGGCCGCGCAGUGGACGCCAGUUUUCUGACAGCUGUUACCUUCUGGAGAACACUAACCAGCUGGUGUGUGUGUGCAGCCCUGGUUACAAAGGCGCCAGGUGUGACGAGUGCGCUCCGGGUUACUUCGGGAACCCUCUGGUACCCGGCGGGCGCUGCCUGCCCUGCCAGUGUAACAACAACAUCGACAUGCACGACCCGCAUUCCUGCGACGCUCGGACGGGUGCGUGUCUCACAUGCCUGUACCACACGGAGGGCUACGCGUGCCAGCACUGCAAACUGGGUUACUACGGCAACGCUGCCACACAGAGCUGCAGGAAGUGCAUGUGUUACUCGAUGGGCACGGCGCCUCAGGCCUGCUCCUCCCCAGACGACUGUCAGUGCGACCGGUACAGCGGCCAGUGCUCCUGCCAGCCCAACGUGAUCGGUCAGAACUGUGACCGAUGCGCCCCGGACACGUGGAACAUCGCCAGCGGGACGGGCUGCCAGCGCUGCGACUGCGACCCCCUCCAUUCCUUCGGACCUUCCUGCGAUUUGGUCACAGGACAGUGUACCUGCAAACCUGGUUUUGGUGGCAGGACGUGUCGGGAGUGUAAAGAGCUCUUCUGGGGGGAUCCAGAGGUCAAAUGUCACGCUUGUGACUGCGAUCCUCGGGGAAUCUCCAGCGAGCAGUGCCAUCGCGCCACAGGACAGUGUACCUGUGUGGAGGGCGCGUCCGGCCCGCGCUGCGACAAGUGCGCCCGAGGCUACCACGGGGAGUUCCCCGCCUGUGAACCUUGCCACGAGUGCUUCGCCAUCUGGGACACUGUGGUCGGCGAACUGACCAAUCAAACGAAGCGUCUGGAGGCCCAAGUGAAAGAGCUCCAGACCAGCGGGGUGACGGCGCCGUAUAGAGAUCUAGUCAGCAGCCUGGAGAGAAACGCCAAAGCUCUGAGAGAAAUAGUAGAGAGCAACCCAGUGGCGGUGAAGCUGGAGCAGACGCAGGAGCUGAUGCAUCAGAUCACGGGUGUGAUGUCAUACCUGAAUGGAAAGCUGAACACGACGGAGGAGAACCUGAACCUUCUCCACAGCAAGGCAAACGCCACAGACGCCAACUUGGACGAACUGACGGACGAGGCGAACCAGCUGGAUCAGAACGUUAAGGAGCUGAGACAGCAGGUGUUUGACGCCAAGAACGCCAACAUCCAGGGUGCCAUGGACACCAUCGCAGCGGCGCACACACAGUCCAGGAUGGCAGAGCGCAGCGCCAACGCCUCCACCAGUGAUCCCGACAACACGGUGGAGCAGUCGGCCGCGGUACGGAAAGCCACGGAGGACAAACUGAGCAGCAGUCAGAAGGAGUUUGACCGCAAGCACCAAAGAAACUCGCAGAAGCUGGACAAACUGGGCAAUGAGCUGGAUAAGUUUGACCUGUCGCCUCUUAGCGAGAAGACAUGCGGCGCUGCAGCUGAAGGUGACGGCUGCUCCGGCUCCCCCUGCGGCGGGUUGGGCUGCGUCGGCGAGGACGGAGAGCAUCACUGCGGAGGAGAAGGAUGCGGAGGCCUCGUCACAACCUCCCAAACUGCUUUAAAAUCAGCCAAAGAUCUGGACCAGGAGAUCCUUGCGGCAAUGCAGGAGGUGGAUAAGCUCUCCAGGAUGGUGUGGGAAGCCACUACCCGCGCAAACGAGGCCAAGGCGAACGCCCAGGAGGUGCUGAUCAAAUCCAACCGGAGCAAAGAGAGAGUGGAGCAGAGCAACGAGCAGCUCCGCAACCUCAUCAAAGAGAUACGAGACCUGCUCACCAAUGACAAAGCCAACGUGUCCGUGAUCGAGGCGGUGGCCAACGAAGUGUUGGCUCUGGAGAUGCCGACCUCGUCAGAGAAGCUGCAGGAGCUGACGAAGGAGAUCAAGGAGAAGGUCGGCACUCUGACCAGCGUGGAGACCAUCCUCAGUCAGAGCGCUGAUGACAUCCACGCCGCAGAGACGCUGCUGAAGCAGGCGAAGGCUGCCAGUGAGCAGGCGACCAACAUGAAGGAGACAGCAGACGUUGUGAUGGCGGCCCUGAAGGAGACUGAGCGCGCUCAGGCCAUCGCCAUGGACGCCAUCCAACAGGCCGAGAACAACACUAUGGGCACGAAGGAACUGCUGAACUCUGUGGAGUCGGAGACGGCCGAGUCGGAGCUGAAGCUGAGUAACACCACAGGUCGUCUGCUUCAGCUGGAGAGGGACGUCGGCCUGCUGAGGCAGAACGACCUGGAAGUGAACCGUAUGGCGGACGCGGCCGAUUGGAUCACAGACCAGGCCAGACAGAACGCGGAGGAGGCGCAGCAGGAGUUUGACGCGGAGGUGAAAGAUAAAUUCGAGGAGAUGGAGGACCUGGUGGGGGAUAAAGGGGAGUCGGUGCUGCAGGCGAGGAGGAGAGCGGACGAACUGCAGCGGGAGGCCAGAGAGCUGCUGGCCCAGGGCAGCAGCAAGCUGCAGAGACUCGGAGAGUUGGAGAGCUCCUACGAGGAACACCAGCGCAUUCUGGAGGCCAAAGCCGCGGAGCUGGCAGAGCUGGAGCAAACGGUCCGCCAGAUCCUGGCAGAGAUCAGCUACAAAGUGACGCUGUACAGCACCUGUCUGUGAUGCUCCGACACACGUCACUGCACCUCCUCGCUGCCCUCGAGUGUACUGGCUGGGACCUUAAUAGUGCCAAAAUACUGCUCCCAGAUGAUCCCCACCUCCCCACCCCCCGAGUGUUUUACAGCUAAUAGAGCCAAACAUCGUAAUAUGUUUGACACUUUUAGAGGCUCUGACAGUGUCAAACACAUUAUAUAUAUCACUGACUCAGAGCCAAAUGUUUUGACGGUGUGCGAGCCAGCUGUUUUACACCCAAGUGUACCGGACAGCUGUGCCAAGAAGGAGUUUUUAACAAAUGGAAACAAUUUCAUAAGAGAGUAUUAAAGCUGAAGUAACGAGUCCCAAAGGAAACCACUAAAAGCCAACGUGACCUCAGUGCUAGAAAACCAAGAAUAUGUAGGAAAUAUAAAACGAUUUAGCUGUAUAAGCUACUGCCAUAUUUAACUCUAUGACUGAACAUAUUAGAUACAGAUAUGAAAGUUUUAUAUGUAUUUCAUAAGCCCAAAGAUACUGUAUGACAGACUGUCUGGACCAAAAAAGUGUUAAGUUUAAUGGUGCUGCGACUACAAAGAAAUAAAGUUUGAUUACAAAAAAAAAAAAUACACAAACAUCUCAGUUGGACUUUUUUAUUUCUCUUUUGAGUGACUCAUUUUUCCAAAGCUGUAUGUAAUAUUUGACAAGGAGUUCAUGAAGUUAAAGCUGCUUAAUCAAUACUUUUGAUGUUAUUAAUGAAUCAAAUGAAUGUGAAAAGUGUCGAUAAUAAUGACAAAAUCAAACAUUUCGACACAGAUUUUCAUAAAACCUCCUAUUUAGCAUUUAUAAGCAGCAUAUAAACACUUAAAAUAUUGUUUAUAACACACUA